AUGUUAUCUCGAACGGCACGUCUAAUAGUGCCUAAAAGGGGCAUAUCGUUAAAUGCUGAGCUUUCUAGGAAAUUGGAAAGUGCUCAGCACCACCCUGUUAUUGUGGUUGGUGGCGGUCAUGCUGGAUGUGAAGCUGCUACUGGAUCAGCUCGUGCUGGAACGCCCACCACAUUAAUAACUCCACAAAUCAGCAAAAUAGGCACAGCCUCAUGUAACCCGUCUAUGGGUGGAAUCGGAAAAGGCACUUUGCUUCGAGAGGUCGACGCUCUCGAUGGUGUGGCACCAAAAGUCACGGAUAAGUCAGGUAUCCACUUUACGGUCUUGAAUGCCUCCAAGGGCGCUGCAGUUCAAGGGCCAAGGGCACAAAUCGACCGAGACAUUUAUCUCAAGGAGAUGCAGAAGGUGAUCUUGAACUACAAAAACUUGAGUGUUUUGGAAGGCUCAGUGGAAGAUAUCAUCAUCGCUCCAUCCGCUCAGAGUAACGAUUUUCAGGGCAGAACGUAUGGAACGGUCAGGGGAGUUUGUCUUAAUGAUGGAAGAGUGUUACGUUGCGACAAUAUUGUUAUUACAACGGGAACUUUUCUCGGGGGAGAAAUUCACAUUGGCAUGGAGCUGUAUCCAUCAGGAAGAAUGGGAGAAGAUGCAACUUUUGGCUUAUCCAAGACUUUGAGAGAAGCUGGAUUCAACCUAGGAAGAUUGAAGACAGGAACACCCCCAAGACUCUCAUCUAAGACGAUUGACUACACCAACUUAUUGCCUCAGAAGUCAGAUUAUCCUCCACAGCCAAUGUCUUUCAUGACAAACGAAGUCGCUCUCCAAGACCAGCUUGUCCAGUGUCACCAAACAUUCACAAAUGAAGCGUUUCAUGAACUUGUGGCCAAGAACCUUGAUAAGACAAUCCACAUCAGGGAGACCGUCAAGGGCCCCCGCUACUGCCCUUCCAUCGAAUCGAAAAUUAUCAGAUUCCCUCAGAAAACCUCACACGUCGUCUGGCUUGAGCCAGAAGGCUUAGAUACCGACAUUGUAUACCCUAACGGUAUUUCAUGUACAUUGCCUGCGGACCUUCAAGAACAGAUGGUCAGGUUAUUACCAGGCUGCUCCAACGUCACCAUGACCCAACCAGGUUACGGCGUUGAGUAUGACUAUGUCGAUCCCAGAGAGUUGAAGAGGACAUUAGAAACAAAGUUAGUGAAUGGGUUGUACCUUGCGGGACAGAUCAACGGUACUACUGGGUAUGAAGAGGCUGCUGCCCAAGGCUGUGUUGCUGGUAUCAACGCUGGUCUUGCUCUGGCAAACAAGCCUCCUUUGGAACUCUUCAGAUCUGAUGGCUACACUGGUGUGGUUAUUGACGAUUUGAUCACCAAAGGCGUUGAGGAGCCAUACAGAAUGUUCACAUCUCGUUCAGAGUUCCGUUUCACAAUGCGUGCUGACAAUGCUGAUCAAAGACUUACCGAAAAGGGCUAUCACGCUGGUGUCGUUGGCGAGGAAAGAUACAACCAUUUCAAGAAGGAGAUCGGUCAGUUCAACAACAUUAGGUCUUUCUUGAAAGAUAUCGACUUGUCUGGUGCUCGUUGGACACCAGUGCUCGGCGAACUCGCAGACAAAGUCAACAAGAAGACAGUGGUAGAUGGCUGGAAGCUUUUAUCUUACCACGACAUCACCCUUGAUGUGAUUCUUCCACGUCUUUACAAGGUCCUUCUUGAUAAGGAGCUUCCGCAAGAUUUUUACGACUUGUCAAGAUGGCAGAAACAAAGGAUUGAUGUCGAAAGUCGAUAUGAGCCGUGGCUCAAGCGGGAAGAGCGUCAUAUCCGUGCAUUUGAAGCAGAUGAGAAUUUGCUUCUUCCAGAAAAUUAUUUAUACACCAACACCGGCAAGCUCAAGCUUUCAAAUGAAGCUGCACCAGAAGCAGGCUCGUUUGAAUAA